AGAGAGAGAGAGAGAGGUGUCGUCAUUGGAGACUUCUGCUUACCAUCAUCAAUUCCCAACGUUCACAGCUGAAACUUUCUUCAAUUCUAUCGCCUGCCCUUGCUUCUUCUUCUUCUUCUUCUGCUGCUGCUGUAGAACACUGGAACCUUUUCAGCUGUCACACUGAAUUUUUCCCCCCUUCUAUUUUCCACAAUGAUUAGAUCAAAUCUACAAGCCUUUCUGCUCCUUCUUGUUCUGGGGUUGUUCUCGCCUGCAAUUGAAUCCCUACGAUUCGAGCUUCAAUCCGGUCACACCAAAUGCAUCUCCGAAGACAUAAAGAGCAAUUCCAUGACCGUGGGCAAGUACAGCAUCGUCAAUCCGAACGAUGGCUUCCCCAUACCCGAUUCCCACAAAGUCACCGUCAGGGUAACUUCGUCUUAUGGGAAUAAUUAUCACUAUGCGGACCAAGUUACAACGGGGCAGUUCGCAUUUGUGGCAGUGGAGGCUGGAGAUUACAUGGCAUGUUUCUGGGCUCCUGAUCACAAUCCUCAGACAACAAUGACAAUCGAUUUUGAUUGGAGGACCGGUGUCGCUGCGAAGGAUUGGUCAAACGUGGCUAAGAAAGGACAUGUUGAUGUAAUGGAGCUGGAGCUAAAGAAGUUGUAUGAAACUGUUAAUUCCAUUCACGAGGAGAUGUACUAUCUUCGUGCAAGAGAAGAAGAAAUGCAGGAAUUGAACAGUGCAACCAACAACAAGAUGUUCUGGUUGAGUUUACUUUCGCUUUUCAUUUGCUUAUCAGUAGCAGGGUUACAUCUAUGGCACUUGAAGACCUUUUUCGAGAAAAAGAAACUCAUCUAAAAUCGUGUACUACUAUUCACAUCUUUCAUUUUUCUCAUGUACUCUUGUCAAAUAUAGAGGGAGGUUAGUUGAGCUAGAGAAUAACUGAUGAUACAGUUUGUUUUACGGGUCUCAUUGUAUUUCCAAAUUAGAAUUAUGGCAAAACGAGUUUCAAAAUAUUUGGUCAUUUUCUCUAUUUUGUGUUUGAGCAAAUAA